GUUACAGCUCAUUCCUCUCUCUGUCUAUGCCAGCUACUCCUGUGUCUUCCCUUCUGGCUCUGCAACAGUGCUUCAUGUCCUACCCAAAUCACUCCAGUUCCACAUCCUUCACCCUGACAGGCAUCCCUGGGCUGGAGGAUGCUCAAUUCUGGAUUGCCUUCCCGUUCUGCACCAUGUACUUCAUGGCAGUGCUGGGGAACAUCACACUCCUCCUAGUGAUUAGGCUGGACCCAAGCCUGCACCUGCCCAUGUAUUACUUCCUCUCCAUGCUGGCUGCCAUUGACCUCGUGCUCACCACUUCCACCAUACCCAAGCUCCUGAGCAUCUUCUGGUUCCAAUCCCACGAGAUCAACUUUGAGGGUUGUGUGGCCCAGAUGUUCUUCAUCCACAGCUUCUCUACGGCGGAGUCGGGGGUCCUGCUCACCAUGGCCUUCGACCGAUACUUGGCCAUCUGCAAGCCCCUGCGCUACUCUGCCAUCCUGACUGGCCCCACCAUUGCCAAGCUGGGUUUGGCUGCUGCAGUGCGCGGCAUUGCCAUCGUCACCCCUCCGACAUGCAUGGUGACCAGCCUGUCCUACUGCGGUCCCCGCAUCAUUCGCCACUCCUACUGUGAGCACAUGUCAGUGGUGAAGCUGGCCUGUGGGGACACCCGGCCCAACAGCAUCUACGGGAUCACGGCUGCCACCAUCGUGGUGGGCUCAGACUCCAUCCUCAUCGCUGUCUCCUACAUGCUGAUCCUGAGGGAGGUGAUAGGCCUCUCUUCCAGAGAGGCUCGUCUGAAGUCCUUCGGCACCUGUGGCUCCCACAUCGGUGUCAUCGUGCUCUUCUACACACCUGGGCUCUUCUCAUUCUACACUCAGCACUGGGGCCAGAACAUCCCCGUGCACGUCCACAUCCUGAUGGCUGACCUCUACCUGCUGGUGCCUCCCAUGCUCAACCCACUCAUCUACGGGAUGAGGACCAAGCCGAUCCGGGACCGGGUGCUGAGCCUGCUCUGGCAGAAAGAGAUCCAGUCCCAGUCCUGACUCCAGCCCAUCGCUAACGCCAGGUGGCAAGGAAUAGGGUUUGGGCCAGGGACCAACGGCGGCAUGUUUGGGGAGCAAAGAAAAAGCGUAAAAAGCUGUCUAUUGGAAAAGCAGCAUGACCCCUCCAUCAUCUUGGCCAAACCCUGAAAGCUGGAGGCACCACGGAAAAUUUGACAGGUGAAACAUUAUUUUUAGAAAGUGAAUUCUACAUUCCUGUUCAGAAUGGAAAGAUAAAUCGUGUCUAUCUGUAUCUUUGGUUCUCCUCAGAUCUGUAUCACCUCAUGACUCUCCUCUUCAUCUCAGCUCUUGAUAAAAGACUGUUGCCACUUUGGAAAUGAAAGUCUGUUCAUGGCUUCAUCCUCCCCAUGUACCUUUUUCACCCAGUCUGUAACUCUCCAUUUAUUCACUUACUAGUAUUUAGCAGCUUCCUGAUCCUGGUGCCUGGCUAUGAGGGGACAGUGUGCAUACAUAUGAGUAUGCACAUUUACACACACACACACACUCUCAUCCAGAUGUUGGCCCAAACAGAUUUUGUUUUCCUCCCAAUGCUGUCUUGAAACCUUACUGAAGCAUUUGCAGCAAUCACAAAAAGCCAGCUCAUUUGAGAACAGGAUCUAUAAGUCAUACUGAAACACUGCACUGUCACAUAAGGUUUUGUUCCUUUCUAAUUAGAAACACCAAAACAGCAUCAGCCAUGAAAUGUUGUUCUAUAAAAUUUUGAGACUCCCUAA